AUGUCGCCAUCUUUGGAAAGUUCACUUGAUGAAGGCGAAUUUGAUGGGCAAUUUCAACACGGCUUGGCGAGACUCAUCCAGACAAAUACACAAAUCUAUAGCGAUAACGUCGCACUCGAACAUGGUCUAGAGAAAGUCACCUAUACUGGUCUUCACCGAAAAGCUCAGUAUCUUCAUCACCGCAUUCAGGCACAUUAUAUCCGCUGCGAGGAGCCAAUUGGGAUAUUAGCUUCGCAAGGCAUCAAUCAAGUUGUGGCACAGGUUGGAAUCAUAUAUGCCGGGGGAUCAUGUGUACCACUUGAUAUUGAGAAACCAGACUCCCACUUGGAGGAUAUGCUUCUGAGUCUUGAGUGUUCACUUAUCCUAGCAGACAAGAACAAUUGCCGCCGAUUGAAAAGCUUUCAAUGCAUUCCAAUAGACCAUAUGUCAGAGCAGUGUGAAGAGUGGGACGAUUUCACAGUCUCGAACAACCUUGAGCAUUGCUGUUCGCACAUACUGCACACCUCGGGGUCAACAGGAAAGCCGAAGGCCGUAGAGGUUCUGGCUGCUGGCAUCAUCAACAUCUCCAACAAUGCAGCCUUUCAGCCAAUUGGUAGAGGAUAUAGCCGUGUUGGCCAUGCUUCUGCAAUUACUUUCGAUGUUUCCUUAUGGGAAAUAUACGGGUCAAUCCUUCAGGGCGGUACCCUCGUGAUAUUUGACAAGCAGGUCAUGCUAAACCCCGAAGCAUUCCGUGAGAAACUGCGGGAUUUGCAUGUCGACGUGAUGUGGCAAACUACAAGCCUUUUAGCGACUAUCACCCAUGUAUGCCCGGACGCAUACGCUGACAUGGAUUGUCUAUUGACUGGAGGUGAGGCAAUCAACCCUCAUGUCAUUCGCAGAAUCUUUGCAAAUGGCCCACCCAGGAGAAUAUUCAACGUGUAUGGCCCGACUGAAGCUUCGUGCUUCGCGAUGUUUCAUCAGGUGCGCGAGUGUGAAGCUGGAUCUGGUAUUAUCCCAAUCGGCAAACCGUUCCACAAUUACGCGAUUCAUGUUGUGGACAAAGAUUUGCAUCAAGUGCAGCAGGGCGAGGUGGGUGAGUUGGUGAUUGGGGGAAUUGGGGUCUCAAGAGGAUACCCAAAAGACCCUGAAAAGACAGCAGAAUCCUUUGUAAUCAGCCAAAGCCUCAAAGUCGAUCAUCCACGAGGUACUGGUCGUUUAUAUCGCACUGGCGACUUUGCUCGAAUCAAUCAUGAAGGCUUGUUCGAGUAUAUUGGUCGGAUGGACAAUCAAGUCAAGAUUCACGGCCACCGAGUAGAGCUGGAGUCAGUCGAGCUACUACUUGUGGAAACCAAGCUUGUCAACUCUGCCGUGGCACUGAAAAUGGAAAUGGAAGAGUCUCAGGGCGGGACUUUUUUGUUGGCGUAUGUGGUACCCGCAUCGCAAGAAUGCGAUACUCAAUCCAUCCGGGAUGAAUUUUCAAGAAAGGCACCAAACGCCAUGGUCCCCCGUCUUGUUCUUUCAUCAAAUAUUUCCCUUACCAGCAGUUGUAAGGCUGAUCGAAAAGAGCUUGCUGUUAAAUAUCGAACUUUGAUUGAGUCCACCCGUCUAAGUCGUAUCCAUCACACAGCAGUGGAUUUGACAAUUACAGAGCGUCAGCUACAAUUUAUCUGGUUGGAUCUACUAGGACUUCCCAUUCGAACUCUCCGCCGAGAUGAUGAUUUCUUCGGAUUGGGUGGCACCUCCCUACAGGCUGCCGGUCUUUUUUCGAAGAUUCGAUCCUUCAUGGGAACCAAAUUGACCAUGAAAUCACUAUUUGACCAUCCUACCUUGCUUGAAAUGGCGAGCUUAAUUGAUGGUCAGCAAAACGGAGUCACGCAUGGGAAUGCUGAACGGGAGACCUUGUUACAGGACAUUCAACUCGGCAACAACAUCAAGCCCAUACCAGGCAUAGUUCCCGACUGGACAUCUGAAUCUGAAGGAAAUGUGAUUUUGACAGGCGCAACUGGAUUCCUGGGAAUUUUUAUGCUGGCGGAACUUGUUGCCCGUCCUUACGUGAGGAGUGUUGUGUGCCUUGUUCGUGCGAGUGACCAUAUUACAGCCUUGUCCCGAAUAAUGGAGACUUUGGAAAAGUAUCGCAUUCGACUCAAUAGCCAGCAAAAGAUCAAGAUCUUAGCCUCGCCGGCCGAUUUCGCUACCCCGGACCUGGGCUUGGGCACGCUGGAAUACGACAGGCUUGCAGUCUGGGGAAGUGUCAUAUUUCAUCUCGGAGCCCACGUUCAUUACGUACAGCCUUAUCGGCUACAUCGUGCUUCAAACGUCCUUGGAACAAUCCAUGUUCUCCAAUUUGCGAAUUCUGGACGUCUCAAGGGUGUUCACUAUACUUCCAGUAUUAGUGUGUAUGGGCCGACCGGUUUUCUGACUGGCAGAGACUUUGUGGCAGAGGAUGAGAAGCCAAAAUCUCACAUUGAUGCGAUACUCCUUGAUACAGGCUAUGCUCAAAGCAAAUUUGUUGCCGAAUCAAUCGUGUGGGGUGCCAUUGAAAAGGGCUUUCCGGUCAGCAUCUAUCGCCCAACAACUGUGUUAGGGCAUUCAAAGAAAGGUACAACAAAUCCCAAUGACCUUUUUGGGCGAGUCGCGUCUACAUCGAUACAGAUGGGCCAGUUUCCACUCCUAGUGGGAGUUCAUGAAGGCUUUGUGUCGGUAGACUUUGUGGUCUCCUCGUUGCUAUCCACUGCCAUAUCAGAAGCCAAUCAUGGACAUGCAUACAACCUAACCCAUCCAAGAUGCGACAAGACACUGGAUGUCUCAGAUACGCUUAAACUUCUCAACAGCUUGAUUCCUUCAUCUCCGAUGCAAGGUGUUUCAUUCUCAGAGUGGGUUAGUCGUCUCUCUCAACACGAUAGACAUAGCGCUUUGUACCCCUUGAUUCCAUUUUUGGAAGAACAAGUAGUCAACUGUUUGACACGAUGGGAGGCACAAAAAGACACGCCGAUAUGGGGAACCGCGAAUUUGCGACGCGCUUUAUUGACCUCUGCAGCCCCGAUGUCUUUGGAGUGCCCGGGCCUUGAGACUUUGCUUCCGAAAUAUUUGAGCGAUUGGCAAAGGUCUUGUUCGAAUGGAAAGGAGAUGACUUCUGAUAAAAGCUAG